GCUUAUUCUGAUGUGGGAACCUACGAUGUUUUUGACAAGCAUGACACCACGAAGCCGGCCACUACGCUCGUGGACUACUACACCAAAACUAACAAGAAUGGAGGUGCUUGGAUGACGCUGUAUAAUGGCCAGAGUCGCCUUUUGCAUCAGAAGCCAUUCAUUGGUUUGCAGCUGAACGUGUCUGUCUAA